GACAGGGGGCCGCGCGUCACAGCACGCCCGCUACCGAUUGUGCUCAAGCUGACACCGGCGCGGGCGCGCCGGGGGACGCAUCCCCCGCUUCCCAUGGCCUGGCUGUUUGGCCAGCGGUACCUGGACUGGCUCGUCGGCACCGUCUCGCAGACGGUCGUGAGCUGGUCGGCCCGCUGCCCGGCGUGCCCCGCCUGCCCGCAGCCGCCGGCGUGCCCAGCCUGCCCAGCGGCGGCGCCGAUCCACUUCCACCCGCCGGCCGCCUGUCCGGCGGCUCCAGAGGCGCCGGCACCCGCGCCCGCGCCCCAGCCGGUCGCCCAGGAGCCUGAGGGCCUCUCCUGGACGGGCGGGUGGCUGACCUGCUUCCUGGUCGCCGUCAACCUGUUGGUCUUCAGCUUCCACGUGGUGAGGAUGGCACAGGAGCAGGCGCCGCCGGGGGUGCGACGGUGGGCGUGGGCACAGUACGCCGGCGCGCCGCUGUGGCAUCAGCGGCGCGUGUGGGGCCGGGUGAUUCAGGAUCCGACUGAUGCCCGCUGGUCCCCCCUGCGGGUGCUGAUCUCGACGCCGGAUGGCGACGUAUACGAAGAGCUGUACGACAUGUCUGACGGGACCUUGGCUGCGGUUCGCUUCGAGGACGACCGGCGCACCCGCCCAGCUGGCCUGGAGGUCGGGAACCUCUACCGUUUCCGGCGCGCGCUGACGGCGGCCGAGGAGGUGGCCAUCAGGAACGAGGUGGACGCCUACGCCCGCGACGUGUUCCUCGACGCGGAGCGAGCGGCCGGGCGGCCCGGGGUGGUGCCUCCGGCGGGCGCUGCCGUCUACUUCACGUUCGCGGCCGCUGCUGGUGGCGCGGUCGCGCCUGGGCCCGCUCCCGGCGCCCCUGCCGCCGGGGGAGGGGCGGCUGUGGCCGCCGCGCUGGCUGUGGUGCCGGCUGGCCCCGCCGCGCCCGCGGCUGGACCGCCUGCUGGGGCCGCCCCAGUUGCGGCAGCCGCUGCACCGCUCGCCGCGGCUGGGGCUCCCGCAGGCCCCUUGGGGCCGAAUGCCGUGCCUGGGGCUGACGGACAGUGGGUCUACGUCGAGACCACGACGACGGCCCGGCGCGGGGACCCUGUCACGAUGGACGGGACGGAGCUCGUCCGGGGGGCUAUCGGCCUGAAGCAGGACGCUGGCGGGAGCUGGUCGGCCAUCCGGCUGAUCACGACCUCGCAGGCCGCCUACCGAGGCGCCGAGGCCCUCGCUGAUGCCCGCCUCCAGCCUGUGGCCCUGCUUAGUGACGGCUCGCGGCAGCGUGUGCAGUUCCACGAGAGUGUCGACAGGCUCCGCGAGGAGCCCUUCCCCGACUGGCCGCUGGACGGCCCAAGGACCACAUUAUGGUGCCUCCGCUUCUUGGACAGGAAGCGCGGAGGGGCCAUCGAGCACUUCCACCAGUUCGUGUCCUACUACCGGCUGUCCCGCGACGACUUCGGGGUGACGCACUACGAGUCCAUCAUGAGGAUGGUCGACUACCUGAUGACGUGGGACCUCCUCGACUUGCCCAAUGUGGUGGGCGUCGAGGUCAUGCUGCGGCAGGCGCAGCUGUACGAGUACAUGUACGCCAUGGAGUACGAGGCGCGCGACUCGGGCGUCUCAGCUGCUGUCUCGGCCGAGGGCGAGCCCAAGGGGGCUUCGCGGAUAUGGCCUCCCGCGCUGCAGAUGUACAUGAGGCGACUCCACAGGACCAGUCACCGCCGCGAGAUGGUCGUCGACGCCAUCCGCGCCAUGAAUGAGAUGUACACUGGUUCGAGCUGUCCGCGGCCUACCGGCCUCACUGGCCCUACGACCGCCCAGCAGGAGGCUCUGGCGGUGAUCCAGGAGGCCGUCGACGCCUUCGGAGUGCCCCCGCCCGACCUCACUCCCGCAGGAGCCCUCGAGGAGCUCCGCGUCGCGCAGUCAUACGACCAGGAGUCUGCCGUGAUUGCGCCGGUGACCUUCGACCGCGUCGAUCUGAUCUCCCACCCGAGCGUGGGCUCCGAACCGAAGUCCUUGUCUGCACUCAUCGGGGAUGACAGCAUGAGUAUUGGUCACCGCCUUCAAGAACUACUUUUGCCCCGUGAGCGGGGGCUUGCCCGGGUCGCGGAGCACGCUCCGAAGAGGGCGUAUUCGGAUCCCAACUUGAGGAACCCUCGCCUAUAUAAGAAAGUAUUGCACCGUCUUGUGUCAUCGCACCUCGUUGAGUUUCAUACCGAUGCGUUGAGCUCAGUGGGAAUGUUCUUCGUCUAUAAGAAGUCAGGGGCCCUGAGGCUCAUACUGGAUGGCCGGAUCCCGUCCCAGUUGUUCGACGAGCCCCCCAAGGUGAAGCUGGCAACUGGGGCCGCGUUCUCUCAACUCCGGGUUGACAGUCGGGAGCCGGAGCGUGUCCUGGUGGAUCGCCUGCCUGCCCCUGUCGUCGACUCGGGCGUUGUUCAUACCGAAUACGUCGACAACUUCGUUGCGCUGUCGCUAUCGGAGGCCUCUGCUAUUGCUGCUGCCCGUCAGGUCGAUCAUCAUAUGCGUGCUGUGGGGCUGCCUACUCACGGGGUGGAGAGCGGAGUGGGCGGGGAGACUCUUGGCUGGUCCUUCGACUCGAACUCGCCCGUGAUCUCGCUCAACCCCAGGCUUAGGUGGAAGCUGUACCUUGGGAUCCAGGAGGUCCUCCGACGUGGGUUCUGUUCUGGAAAGGAGAUGGUGAGGAUCGUCUCGCACAUCACGUCCAGGGUGCUCAUUAGGAGGGAGCUCCUCUCGUGCCUGGGGGCCGUCUACAAGUUUGGGGAGGUAUACCACAAUCGUGCCGCUAAGCUCUGGCCCGUCGUCCGUCGUGAACUACGCUGGGCUCGGGCUCUCCUCAUCUUCUGCAGCAGGGACCUCGGGUUGCCCUUCGACACCACCCUCACGUGCCUGGAUGCGUCGUCUUGGGGUUUUGGAGUUACCCAGCGGGAGGUCUCUGAGGACUCGGUCAAGCGUCUGGCCCGGUACAACGAGCGUUGGAGGUUCUCUCGGGAAGCUGAGCGCCAACGCCUUGGACCCCGAGCCGCUGCUGUCCCUGGUCAAGGCUCCUCAGGAACCGUCCCGGACGGGCCCGAAGUCUCCGACGUGGACCCUAGCUUCGAGGAGGUCCCGCCCGACAUCUGGAGGGACCACUGGCACCCGGUCCUCUCGGUGCCCUGGCGGCGCCCAGCCCCUCAGGUCAUCCUGGAGGCCAGGUCCGGCGUGAUGGCGCUUAAGCACAAGCUUCGCUCCAAGAGGUCCUUUCGGAAGGCCCACGUAAUGCUGAAUGACGCCAUGGCUCCCAUCUUGGCUCUGGCAAAGGGGCGGUCUUCGGCGCCCGCCCUCCUCGCCGUCUGCCGGCAGGUGGCAUGUCUGCUGCUGGCCUCAGGCUCGGCGGCGUACUGGAGGUGGCUGCCGUCCGAGUUCAACUCUGCCGACCCAGCAUCACGGAACCGGCCUGGUGCUAGGCGGCCCGCGGCGGCUCCAGCAGCCCCAGCGCCCUCCCACCUUGGGCGCCGGAGCCGCUCCCAGAGCGCAGCUGCGCUGUCCUGGGGGGAUCAGGCGGACCGCCGAGUUGCCAGGAGGCGCGCCUUCCCCGCCGCCAACACGGCGGUGACCUCGGGCUCGCUGACCUUCCUGGAGACGCAGGCCGUGGGGGAGGCGACCCGCCGGGACUAUGCCGACAGGGUCUCGAAGUUCACGGCGUGGGCGACCUCGGUCCGGCUGCCGAUCGUGGAGGUGCCCGAGCUGGACGUCGCGCUGGUGACCUUCUUCAACCAGCUGUUCUUCGACGGCUACCCGAGCGAGGAGGCGACGAAGUACAUGGCGGCACUGGCUCAUUGCCGCGCGGCGCCAGGCCGGCUGCAGGUGGCCUUCCCGAGGGCCGCUCGUGCUGCGAAGGGCUGGGCCCGGCUGGUACCGCCACGAUCCCGGCUGCCGCUGCCCUGGCCGAUUGCCUGCCUGAUGAUCGACUGGAUGCUGGAUGCAGGCGAGACGACAGCGGCGGCGGCGACGGCGGUCUGCUUCGCGCUGUACCUUCGUCCGGCAGAGCUGCUCAGCCUGACGCGCGAGCAGGUGAUCCCGCCUGCCGAGGGCGCCCCGCCGGGGCGAACCUUCCUGAGUUUCUGGUCGGUGGUCCUGCAUCCGAUGGAGUGCGCUCAGCCUUCGAAGACGGGAGUCUACGACGAGGGCCUCCUUCUGGACAGCCCGGAGUUCACCUGGCUGCCACCGCUGCUGCAGGCGCUGCGGGCCCGAGCCGCGCCAGGCGGCCGCGUCUUCGACAUGAGCUACAACCAGUGGGCCCUGGUCUUCAGGCGUGCUGCGACAGCGCUGCACCUCGGCGUCCUGGGGCCGCCGACGCUCUACACCCUCCGACACGGGGGGGCCUCCCACGAGUGCCUCGCAAAGUUCAGAAGCCUCGACGAGAUCAAAAAGAGGGGGAGGUGGGUGUCGGACUCGUCCCUACGGCGCUACACCAAAGGGGGCCGCGUGGCAGAGCAGAUGCGACGGCUUCCGAUCUCCGAGCAGCGCCACGCCACGCGCCUGGUCGACACCAUUGGCGGGCGCCUCUCCAAAAUUUGGCUCGGUCUGUAG